AUGACCAAAUCUAUGUUGGUCAUUGCUGCACUUGCGACCUUUGCCAUCCAUGCAGUGACGGCAUCCCAGCAAGCAUGGCAGCUUCCACCAUUGCCUUUGCAGUCUCCACUUGCCCCGCCUUGGCAUUUGACACACAGCAAAGGCGUCCGUCUCUAUUCCCUUUGCACUGCAGAGACGCAUCAACAAGCAUUUCCUCUACGUCCUACAACAGCUCAAGGUCCAGCCGCAGGUCACCCGAGCGCAACUCCUCAGGCGCCUUCACUGCGAUGGACCCUGUCCAACACCAACGAAUCGAUUCAAAUCGAUGCAUUAUUCCCCUCACUAGCCCAUCUUGACCUUCUCCGCGCAGGCAUCAUUGCUGAACCGUCUAUCGGCCUCAACGAAGGUCUAUACCGAUGGAUCAUUGAUGAAUCCACAUGGACGUACACUGCGGACCUCACUGCCAUCCUCAACCAGCUUGAAUCCACUGAAAGUCAGGAGCAAUGGUUGUACUUCCAAGGACUAGAUACUAUCGCUGACGUCUAUAUCGCAGGCGAGUUAAUCAACAGCACCCAUAAUGCACAUCUUUGGCAUGCGUUCCCGAUCCCCUCUCAGCUUCUGUCUGAGGAGAGGGAGGAGAGGAACAUAACGCUGGUCUUUCACAACACGAACGAGUAUGCUGCAGAACAGGCAAAACGGUUCGAUCCUGGGUAUCCAACCCAGAUAGAAAGCAGGGAUAGAUCGAGGACAACAGACUACGAGUAUCCAAAUCGCAUCUAUGUGAGGAAGCAACAGUCGGAUUUCGGAUGGGAUUGGGGGCCUGCGCUGAUACCUGUUGGUCCGUACAAACCUGCGUACCUGAUCGUGCUUCCUACUUCAACCCGUGGAGAGAAGGACAAGGUCGAAGCAAGACCAAGAGCAGAAGAGCCCAAGGAAAGUCAAGUAGCUACAGGGAGCCGUGGAGUAGUUGUUCUAUCGUCAGGCAUCGACAUCUACCGCAAAGGUCAAAUCAAUAAUCUUGCUCCACCGGACCCUGAGGCCAACUGGAUCGUUAAUGUGACCCUGACCUUACUUUCAGCUCAAGACGUUCAAUGGCCUUCAAUACGCCUAGAAAUCCCUUGCCUGGAUCUGUACACCUUUGACACGUAUCUCUCCUCCCAACUUUCCGCUGGACUCGACUCAGGCGUACAUGCAGUAUUCGAGAUCCCAUAUGGCGGCAAACACUCUCCUUCGCUAUGGUGGCCUCGAGGACAUGGUGAGCAGCAGCUCUAUAAUCUUAGCCUACGGAGUGACGAGCUUGGUCUGCAUUUCGACCGAACAGUCGGUUUUAGGACGGCGUAUUUCGAUCUCUCUCCCAUCUCCUCCCCUGAGAUUGAGCGGAAAGCUGUCCAGCCAGGCUCGAACUUUCGCCUCUUGGUCAACCAAAGGGAAAUCUAUGUGAUGGGAACGAAUCUUAUCCCUUUCGACACGCUUUCGCCCCGCACCUCACCUGCUUACUUGAGGUGGUUGUUGGAGUCAGCUGUGCAGAGCAACGUUAACAUGAUCAGGGUUUGGGGUGGAGGGAGUUAUGCGACGCAGGAGUUUUUGGAUGUUUGUGAUAGGAUGGGGAUUAUGGUUUGGAUGGAUGCCAUGUUUGCUGCUUCUCUCUAUCCUUACAAUGAGGAAGUUUUGGAAGAGGUGAGGGGGGAGGUGGGACAGGUGAUGCAAGGUGUGAUUUCGCAUCCGAGUGUGGUGUUUGUGGUGGGCAAUAAUGAAGGCGAGCUGUAUUUCUUAGGUGGUUAUGGGAGACGGAAGAGGGAUGAGGAAUGGAAGCAAGGUUAUGAGGCUGUAUUCAAUGAGGUGAUAUUAGAAGAGGUUAAGGGAAAGAGUAGAGGUAUGUCGUAUAUUCCAUGCUCGACAACAACGGGUUAUGUCUCGUUGGAUCCUUACAAGGGGAGGUACGAUCAGUACGAUAGGAAAAGAGAGUUACAUGGUACGGGCGAGCAUUACGGAUACAACGCAUCCCUAGCUUUCGAUAUCGAUAGCUACCCACGCUCGCGUUUCAUGGUCGAAUUCGGGAUGUUCUCCCUGCCUUCCAUCCACACUCUCGACCGAAUCAUCCCUUUAUCUGCAUCCUCCGAUCAAGAGACAGAGUUAUACUCGGUGAACUCAACCAUCCUCCGCUCGCACCUAAAACACUGGCCGGCAGGAAACCUCACUUACCCCUUCCCCGCUGAUCAAGGUCAAACCGAACUGGUUUCCGCGAUAAGCACCUACUUCCCCACCCCCUCUUCCACCAUCCAUCCCCCUCGCGCUCUCUUCAACCGCUACUGUUACUCAUCACAACUCUAUCAGUCGCUCUAUGUGACGAAUCAGAUCGCUAUGUACCGUCGUGGAGCAGCGCGCAGCGAGAGGAAUCGAGGAUUGGUCGUGUGGCAGUUGAACGAUGUGUGGGAAGCAACUACUUGGAGCUCGCUCGAGUACGGGGGAAGAUGGAAGAUGGUGCAUUACAACUUGGCAAAGGUGCAGAGAGAGUUGGCGGUGGUGGCGGUGCAUGAUGUCAAGAAGGAUGAAUUGGAGAUUGAUCUGUUGUACACUAAUGCGGCAGGGGUGGGAGGUGAGGUGACGGUGACAAAUGAGUGGUUUGAUUUCCGUGGAAAGCGAUUGCGGGAGGAAGAGGUUCACAAAGUCAGGGUGCCGGAUGGUGAGAUAGGGUAUAAAGUCGUACAGAAGAUCGAGAAUCUCUCCACCACCAUCUGCAGCAAUAAGAGGGAAGGCUGUUGGCUACGUCUUACCCUGACUAGCUCCUCUCGACCUCGAGUCAACACUUACUGGACCGCACCUGAAGAGCUUACUCGAACUCUAAGCCAUCUUUUCGCUGAUGAGCAACUCGGUGCCAACCUUACCCUUUCGCGAGUUCGCUCCUCUAAUAAAGCAGAGCAUCCCGGUUGGCAGGUGAAAAUCAAAAACACAGGUGCGGCUGUCGCACCUUACGUCUGGCUUGAACAUGGUCCGAACCAUGUUGGAUACUUUGCAAGGAACCGGGUGCCAGAAAAUGGAAUCAUCCUGAGGCCUGGAGAGGAGGGUUUGCUGACGUUUGUACGUGCCAAGACGAGUCGAGUGCCGGAUGGCGGCGAGGAGAGGAAUGAGGAGGAUUGGUUUAAUUCACUCAGUGUUUCGAGUUUGUUUGACAACUUUGGCCCUCUUUCUGCCAAGUUUUGA